AUUCUAAAUUCAAUUGGUUUUAUUCUAAUAUUUGAGUGCUUAUUUGAAUCUAUGGAGUAUUGAUUAACCUACUUUGUGCUGUGCUGGAAAAAAUAGUUGUAAAAAUGAUACGUCCUCUAACCCCGGAGUUGGCGAAAAUAGCCAAAGAUGAAUUGAAUGAGAACCCGAAUCAAGUACCAAGCGAUCUUCAGCAUUUGAAGGAUUGGAUCUCAAAACAGCCCCACUUGAGGGCGAGGACAGAUGAUCAGUGGCUCAUCGCGUUGUUGCGAGGCAGUAAGUUCAGUUUGGAGAAGGUCAAGAAGAAGUUAGACUUGUAUUAUACCUUAAGGACCACGGCACCAGAUCUAACCUUGAGAAUAAAACCUACAGAUCCAAAGUUCUUGGACUUUUUUAGACUUGGGACAUGCCUGAUCCUUCCGAAGCCGAAAGACAAGUUAAUUCCCCGCGUCAUCCUGAUCAGAGCUGGUCACUACGACGCGUCAGUCUUCAAUGUAGCUGACGUCAUGUGCAUGUUUUACUACUUAGUACAGAUACUUGUGAUGGAAGAUGAUGUAGCUUGCGUGUUAGGCACCAAAAUAGUUACGGACUACUCGGAGGUUACCAUGGCGCACUUCAUGCAGGGCACGCCUUCUAUGCUUAAGAAGAUGGUCGCGGUUUGUCAGGAUUCGAUGCCCCUCAGAUUAAAAGUCUAUUAA